GCCCUUUAAAUAGCGGGACACGAACUUUUGGUACGCCCUAAGUAUAUUGUGAUCUAUUUUAAUGUAAUUAUUCGAUGCUGCAGCGUCAUGAACUCAAGAAAACAUACUUCAGUGCUCUGAAAACUCAUCCUCAAAAAAAAAUUAGGAUAUUCUACAGACAACAAAGAUUUAGUUUUCUGUCGUGAUGAACUAAUUUUCUCUAUACCAAUAAUUAAUAAUAUUUUCCUUUUUGAGAUUUUUUGCUUCAUUGCAAACAUAAUAAAACUAAUCUAAUCGUGUGGGGUACUCAAUUGACUGUUGCCGAAUUGAAAUCAGAAUGAGUUCCGUUUACUCCUUUGGAUAUUUUUAUGAAUAUCUGUUACCUCAAUCUGAUGUUUUCAAGAGCAUUUCAGCUAAUAAGGAAGUAUGAACAAAACCGGACGUUAUAAAUAAUAAAUCUUGGUUUCUUUUGUACAAGUUUUGUGAAAGGCAUAUGUGUAUGAAUUUUCAAUGUUGAUUAUUUUCUUCCGUCAAGUUGCUCAGAAGAUGUUUGAGAAAAACAAUGUAACUUCGUUUAAAUGACUUAUGUGAAAUUCUUAAUCAUCAGUAAAUUUUGUAUGUAAAUUUAUAUUUUCUUUAAUUCUUUAUGAAAUAUCUUUUAAAAUAUUGCUUCGAAAAAUGAAUACAAGCAAGCUAAAGGAUAUUGUCUAUUAGAAAAAAAGACUAGCUAUUUGAGCAUUAAAAAAAGUACUUUCCGAUUUUUAGAAUAAAAAUUCCGACAUUUUUCCCAUUUUAAGAAAAAAUUUUACGAUUUUUUAAUGUUUAAUCUGGCAAUCCUAGUUGAGGGACACAUUUGGACUCACUUUCUAAAGAUUCCUAGCAAAAAUUCUAAAAGUUGUGCACUUCUGGACAAAAAUUCCCUAAUUAAAGUUCCUAAUUAUCAAAAAAUUAAUUAAUUAAAGGGGGAGGUUGUUCUAAUACGAGGAGGGGUUUACUCGAACUUUUGUCUUUCUUCCAUAAUCAAUUUUAGGGAACUCAUGUUUGAAAACAGCUUUGAGAUGAUGUAAUUGAUAAGUGUGGCUAGGGGGACAUUAAACUGUGACAUCCAUACUCGCAUCCACCCCAUUAAAAAUAUGAAUGAUGAAAUUAGAAUAUUAAAAAAUAAGAACAUAUGACCAACAUAGAAAGAUCAAGACGUUAAUUGAAUGAAUCUACAGAAAUGAAAAACGUACCGGUAAUCGUUCCAAUGAAGAUUAAUAGGUAAUCGAAUUUAUUCGCAAAUCGAUACUAAACAUUUAAUCAACCAUCAAUAGACAACACAAUAUAAGACCAAUAUUACUUACAGCUUCUUGUAGUUUUCUUUUAGGUGGUUGCUCAUCAGAUAUUUGUUGAUUAACAUGUUUCCUCCUAUUAUGACACCUAGUUCAAACGUAACAAUCAAGAUUUUUUUAUUGCUUAUAAAAGAAUAUUCACUUACUUGAAAAAAUUUGAUCGUCUAUGGUUUUUGGGAUUCUCAAGAGACGUAGUAGAGAUAUGUUCAACAUGUUUAUUCCUCAUAUCAACUACAAAAUUUUGAUCAUAUACACGAUUAUUCACCAUUGUGGUUUAUUCUCGUAUAAUCUGAAAAAAAAGGUUUUUCUUGUACGAGUAGUUCAAUGGUUGAGCUUCAAUCAAAAGCAAUUAUCAAUUUUCCAAAUGAAAUGAUGUUAUACAAUUAAGCAGCCUAUAAACUUUUGUACAGGGUUAACAGUUCUUCGACUAAUCCAUAUAUGAAUGGGUUGAGUCAGAAUUUACUACUUAUAGUCUUUACGAAAACCUUCGAAACGAGGAAGUAAACAAAGUGUGUAGCUUUGAAUUCUACUGAUGAUAUGAUUUUUAUGUAGAGAAGUUGCUGAUUUUGCUCCUUUCUUUCUUUAUAUUAAUUCUCAAAUUAGUCCUUUUAAAUUCAUCCUUUAGUUACAAUCGACUUGGGUUCACCUACAUUGACAGUUAAAGAAAACGUCACACAUCUAGGGGUCGGCAGUUACCGUUCCCAGACCGUUACCCGGUAACGGUAACGGUAACGGUUCACAUAGAAAAAGUUACCAGUUAUCCGGGUAACUGGUAACGGUUCCGUUACCGUUCCCGAGUAACUGGUAACGGAACCGUUACCAGUUCAUGGGUAACUGGUAACGGUUCCGUUACCAGUUACCCGGGAACGGUAACGACCCGUUACCAGUUACUCGGGAACGGGGUAACGGUACUACUACUGGGGGAUACCCUUGGGUCCUUAAGUCCUACUAUUGGGGGAUACCUUUAGGUCCUCAAGUCCUAGUAUUGGGGGAUACCCUUGGGUCUUCAAGUCCUACUAUUGCGGAUACCCUUAGGUCCUCAAGUCCUAAAAUUGAAGGCUAACGAUGGGAAGCUACCGUUACGAGUUACUAGGAACGGGCUACCGGAAAAUGCUUUCCUUCCUAUUUUCUUACUGGAACUGGUUUUUGCAAAAAAAAUUUUUUCUAACCAGAUUUUUUAGUAAACAAAAUUUUUUACAACAAAAUUUUAGGGUGUUUGAUCAAAAUUUUAUUUUUUCUCAGAGAUUCCAUUUCUGCAUUCAAAAAAAUUUUCGAAAAAAAUAAUUUUUUUGAGGAACCAAGAGAAUCCCUGUGGUAGCCCUCGAGGACCUAAAGGUAGUCCAGAGUAUGCGCCUGUUACCUCGUCACCAGUUCACGGGAACAGCUCCUGGAACCGUUAUCAGUUCCCAGUUAACGGGAACUGCCCACCCCUAAGUAGGACUUGAGGACCGAAAGGUAUCCCCCAAUCAUACUAUGGGCUAUUUAAUUUCAGUCUGAAUUUAUCAAAUAAAAAUAAUACUUGAUUUCAAACUGAAACGUGAGUCUAGGAGUGAGGGGGGGGGAGUGACUGAGGCUGUGGGUGUUGGUCUGGGACCCACACACACACCCACACCCAUGGUGCGGGUGUGGGCGCGCGAGUGAGGGUGAGGGUGUGCUUGUGGCUUUGUGUACUAUAGGCUUUAGUCCCCUGCACAAGGGACUAAGCGGGGACUAAGCUUUUUGUGGGGGGGACUAAGGGGGACUUUGCAGGACUAGGGGGGACUAAGGGUUUUUAGUGGGACUACGUAGUAUCAAACGAGAAAAGUUUGAUUCGGAAGAAGUUGGUGCGGUUUUUUUGAUUUUAGAAUUCAGUUUGAAAUAAAAAAGCCCAUAGACUCCCCCCAAUAGUGGGACUUGAGGACCUAAAGAUAUACUCCAGUAGUAGGACUAGAGGGCCUAAGGGUAUCCUCCAAUAUUAGGACUUGAGGACCUAAAGGUAUCCCCCAUAGUACUACCGUUACCCCGUUCCCUGGUAACUGGUAACGGGCCGUUCCCGUUCCCGGGUAACUGGUAACGGAACCGUUACCAGUUCCCGGGUAACUGGUAACGGUUCCGUUACCAGUUACCCGGGAACGGGAACGGAACCGUUACCAGUUACCGUGGUGACUGGUAACGGUCCCGUUACCGUUACCUGGGAACGGUAACGGUAACUGCCCACCCCUAUCUUUAACUUUUGUUUGGAGAUUCGAUCCGUAUUUAUCAAUAUAUCCGGUGAGUUUUUUCCAAUUACUAAAUGAAAAAUGAAAUUCUAUUUUUAUUUUUAUUUUUAGAUUCGUGGUAUAUCGAUAGAUCUAAUUCGUUUUAUAACUCAAUAUGUCGGAUGA